UUAACUUGCUGAUGACAGAGAGAGGGUUCAGCUCCAGCAUCGCAGGGUAGACCUCAAAAGACACCAUGGUGUUAAAUCCAGUCAUAUCGAAGCUAAGUGGUAAACUUGUUGUUCUGGCCAGUGCAUCUCCAAGAAGGCAGGAGAUUUUAACAAAUGUAGGUUUACAGUUUGAGGUGGUACCUUCAUGGUUUAAAGAAACCCUUGACAAGACCUUGUUUAAAACGCCUGAUGAAUACGCAGUGGAGACGGCAAGACAAAAAGCUCUGGAGGUGGCUCAAAGAAUGCCCUUUAAACACCUAAAAACGCCAGAUAUUGUUAUUGGAGCAGACACUGUCGUGACAGUAGAUGGUUUGAUAUUGGAAAAACCUGUUGAUAAAGAAGAUGCCUACUGCAUGCUAUCCAGGUUGAGUGGAAAGGAACACAGUGUGUAUACAGGAGUGGUCAUAGUCCUCUGUCAUGAGACAAAAGGUGAAGAAAUAGAAUACAAAGUGGUGGACUUUUAUGAAGAGACAAAAGUCAAAUUUGCAGAGCUGUCUGAAGAGAUGCUUUGGGAAUACAUUAACAGUGGAGAGCCCAUGGACAAGGCUGGUGGUUAUGGGAUCCAGGCUUUGGGUGGUAUGCUGGUGGAAUACGUCCAAGGAGAUUUUCUCAAUGUGGUGGGCUUCCCACUUAAUCACUUCUGCAAACAGCUGGGAAAGAUUUACAACAGCCCACCUGAGAGCCCAGCUCACAAGAUAAUAUGCAAGGGCUCUGCAGGAUCUGUUGGGCACCGUCCCUUCAUCUGUAGUCUGCCCGAAGAAACUACACUAUUAAAUUCAACGUGCUUCAACAACUCAGACUCUGCUGGCUGUCGGUCCAAUCAGGAGCAGAAUGUGGUGGAACUCAAGGGGGCUAAGUGCAACUCGGAGGUCAUUCCCAACAAAAUAGUGGAUCUACUAGAUGGAUUUAAAGCUUCAAAGACUUUAUUCAUAGCAUCCAAGCUGGGAGUGUUUGAUGUUUUGAGGGACUCUGGCCUCACAGUGGAAGAGGUUGCCAACCGAAUCAACUCCUCUUUGCUGGGCACUGAACGGUUACUUGAAGCAGCUGUAUCAUUAGGACUUCUGUGUAAACUCAAAUGUGAAGCUAACACUGUGUACAAGAACACAGAACAGGCCAGAAAGUUCCUGGUAUCAGACAGCCCUCUCUCUCUGCAUGGCUACAUCCUGCACUGCAAUGAAACAGUCUGGCCACUCUUCUCUCACUUAGAGAAUGCUGUCAGGGAGGGCACCAAUCAGCAUGAGCGGGCACUUGGGAAAACGACUGAAAAUCUAUUUCAGGAUGCAUAUUACAGAAAAGAUGAUGCUAAGAUGGGCUUUAUGAAUGCAAUGCACAGUAUUGCAAAUGUGACUGGAAGAGAUUUAGCUACAGCAUUUGAUCUGUCUCGCUUCAAAACAGCCUGUGAUGUUGGAGGUUGUACUGGUGCCAUGGCAUAUGAGUUCGCCAACGCUCAUCCUGGAUUGUCUGUAAUUGUUUUCGACUUACCACCAGUUAUUAAAAUAAAAGGUCACUUCCAACCUAAAGAGCAGGACGGCAGAGUGUCAUUUGUUGCAGGAGAUUUCUUCAAAGAUGACCUGCCCAAGACAGAUCUUUAUAUCCUUGCAAGAAUUCUCCAUGAUUGGUCUGAUGACAAAGUACAUGAAGUUUUGAGUAAACUGUCCAAGGCAUGCACUCCAGGCUGCGGUUUGCUGCUCUCAGAGAUCUUGCUGGAUGAGGAGAGGACCAGGCCAAGCCGGGCUUUGUUGCAGGCGCUCAGCAUGACAGAAGGAAGGCAGAGGAGCAGCACUGAGUACAAGGAUUUACUAAAGAAGCACAGCUUUACUCUUGUACAUACCAGAUACACAGGCAACCUCCUGGAUGCCAUGCUUUUUGUAAAAGAUGGCUAAACUGGUCCAACUGCUAGUUUUUACCCCUUAAAUCUAUGUGUUUAUAAUGGAAGAUAUUUUUAGCCUAUUUGGGAACUUAAACUUUCCAGAAAUAAAUUCCCUAUGAAAUGUUUUGAGUGCACUUUUUAAUUAAGCUUUAUUCUAAACAUCUUUAAAUUAUUAUAAUUAAUCUUAAUGAUUAGACUCAGGACUUUAAAAGUAAUUAAUUUAUAAUAUGGCAUUGUACUCUGUUUGAAAUCUUGAUUGUAUGCCCCUGGAGUCCCUCUAAAACUAUUAAAAAUACCAAAUUUUGCAGAGA